CCCUGACGCAAGCCUUCGCGUUUGUCUCGGACCAGCCAGGUGCAGGUUAUGCAUUGCAAAAGUAUCGUACUAGUAUAAAUCGCAUGACAAAUUUUAUCAGGAAGAACAUUGGAAUUUGUAAUGCAGAUUUGGGUAGGAAACCCGAUUUGUCAUGCAUACCUGCGAUUCAUACGAGUACGAUACUUUUGCAGUGGAUACAGGUGACCUCCAGUUGAAGGUCCAAAACGCGCUCGAUCGGCUGCAAUUCGAAUUGAUUCCGGACUUGCGCAAAGCUUGCUACAACUAUACUGGUCCACCUGGUCCUGGUGCUAAAAAAGGAAUUAUAGAACAAGGAGGACUAGCAACAGCGGAUGAUGAUGUCCCUGAUGUUGAACAGAAUCCUUGUCUGCGUUUCGAGGCGCACCGCGGGAGUGCGUUGUUGCGAGAGGAUGCGCAGAAGAAACAGAAAAUCCCGCACGAGCGGAUCAUGCUGCAGCAGGUUUUUCGUGACAAGGAGGGCAUGGCGGCGUUUCAAAACGGAGCCGCAUGGACGACUUUUGUCGCCGCGCUCCAGGAAUGGGGAGAGAAAGAAAAAAUCCUCGAUGUGUUGCCUCCAGAAGCAAGAACAAACGCCGCUGGACGAACUACAAGGGCAGCAGCUCCUCCUACGGAUUCUACUUCUGUUGAUGACGCUGGUGCAGCUACUACAACAGGAACAUCAGCUUCUGCUUCGCUGCCAAGUUCUUGGAGUGCUUUUCUAGACUUGUCGUCGUGGGGGCGCGGCCGCACGACCGCCGGUGCACCGUUUAUUCCGUCAACAUCUUCUGUUUCGGCAAACGACUGGUUUUUGGAGAACGACCUUUCCCAGGACUUCGUCAUCCCGAGCACAAAAACCUCAGAAGACCACGCCAGCGGAGCAGGACCACCUUCGUACCAGUUCACUGCUCAAUAUGCCCGGGACUCGCAGCUAAACGAUUGGAAAAAACGCGCAUUCGACAGCUCCGUGGCUGCGACAACACGGGUCUUUGCGUUCACAGACGAUCCGGCGAAGAGGGACUCCGUGAGGAAGAUCACGGUUGAAUUGGAGAGCACGCAGCUAGGCUUUUUGUUCGCUGCGUGUGGCGAGUCGUCAGCGGCCUCCGCAGCUUCAUCAUCAAGUGGGUGUCUGUACGUCGACGCCUUCAAGAAGAACGAAAAAGUAACUGCAGCAGGAGGGUCUACAACUACUACUUCUCUCCUCGCAGUUGUAGAGGAAGGUCAAGAUGAUGUUUUGACAGGCAGUGGUGCAUCUUCCUCUUCGUUAUCAAGAACCGCUACAACUACUACAACUGGCGCCAGCGUAACCUAUGUUUUGCAGGAGGCCUUUUCCGAUCAAGAAGCUUUCUUUGCUUUCCUGCAACGGACGGCGGCGUUCGAAACGUGGGUGAACUCACCCGAGGUCCAGGCGGUGAUGGUGCAUGAUGAUCUGCCCCCGGGUCGUCGUAUGUAUGAUAGCUUGCCAGGUGCAGCAGCCCGGGACGGAGACGACUUCGUCGGUAGACAGUUUGGCCUCCAGGACUUGCCGAGCCUGUACAGUUUGAGCAGUACCAUCCAAUUCACGUACGGUGCGGGAAACAACCUGGCGGACAAGUUCCGCAGCGAACUGUUCCCGGCAGUCAAAGCAAGUUGCUUGCAAAAAUUGAAAGCGUUCCGGAAGAGGGACUACAUUGCCGACGACCGAUUGUUCUGCGAGCGUUGGAGCUUCUUUGAAGACAGUGCCGUUCCUAUUGCAGGAGGUAGUGGUGGGAGUAGCUUGCCGCAAUCACAACUUUUACACGUUGACAAGGCACAUGACGACAAAAAUUUUCCUCCACUGGAAGGUACCAGUAUCAAAGAUGUGGAGCAGGGCCAACACAUCGCCAACCUGACCUUGCUAGACAAAAAUGUUCCCACCAAAGAGAACGCAUUUUCACCACUGUUGCGAAACAAAUUUUUGGAGCCCCGAAAGAGCGGCACAAGCAGGACACUUUUAUCUGAUAAAAACGAGCAGCUGCAGCUCAACAAGAAAGAAGCGCCAGCAUCUCCUGCUGCCCCCCUCUCCACAGAAGACAAGGAGUUAAAGGGGAGCCAGAACAUCGUGAAAGUGGUUCGCUUCACGACGCACGAGGUCUAUUAUGAGAGUGCACAACCACAACCCCGUCCCCCUCGUCCCCCUUAAUUGUCAUGCAAUAUACCUCCAAAUUCACGGUCACGGUGGAUUUAUCCACUAUUCGGCUUUACCGUGUGGCACUGCUUGCAUGACAGACUCCGAAAGCCAUAACAGCGUUACUAUACAAUCGCUACGUAAAACUAAAAACUUUGUCAUGCAAAAGCUGCAUCAGCUACAGGUACAGCUUCAGCAUCUGUGCCUCCGGGACUCGUGUUGCUGCGGAUGCGAUCCAAAUGAGGGUGAGGGGGAAUUUUAUUGCACUCUCAUAUUUAUCCAGACCGCCACGCGUUUCUCGAGUAUGUGAGGACCGACGCAGCGUUUCAAAACCUGAUACAAGCAGUGAUGGACAACAAGGACCUGAUUGAUUUCACAAACGGCCGCACCAACAUUUCGUUUCUUUCCAAAGACCACGACGGCACGGGCCUUAUGCCCGGUGGGGACUUUGUGCGAUCCCAGGCACUGUAUUCGGUCUCUGCGCCGCUCUCGGACGCUCUCUUCCGCGACCAGCAGCCCGCAUACGCAAACGGGUCUACUUUACCUGCGGCACAGGUGCUGAGCGAUUCGCUCCCGCAGAGCGAGAGCGUGUGGCACCCCCAGUUAGGACCGCAGGAACAGACGUCGGGGGAGGUUUAUGUAUUGAAAUUCAAAGACGACGUGCCGGAAGCGCAGAUUGCGCACGCCGUAGCGUCGUUGGAACAGGAUGACGGUUUUUUUCCAUCCUUGUGCGAAGCAUGCCGACUGCAACCGUCUUGCUACUACUACAACGUGUUUCGCAGCACGGGUUUCGGCACCUCUACCGAUGUCGUAAGGAGCGCAGCGACUGACUACAGCAAAUCCUACACGAUUCAAGCCGCAUUUAAAAAUAGCGUGAGUGCAGUUGAUCAAUUCGAGCAGACUCCGGCGUUUAGUAAUUUCAAGGCCUUUCUUGAACAAUCGUCUGACUUGUUCCAGCAGGACGCGUCAUAUAAGUCCCUCCAGCAGUAUCGCGAGGGACAGUGGCCCCACGUUGUGGACCCUUACGCGGGCACGGUCAGGAGUAUGAAUUUGCUCUUCACCUUCGCGGAACCCGACGAGACAACGGACGCGGGCUUGCAGGCGGCAAAUGACAUCAUUGCUACCAUCGACGAACUACAAUACAACCUGAUCCCAAACUUAAAGGACGCGUGCUACGGGCCGCAGGAUGAAAGCACACUGCAGCUGUACAACAAGAAGCACCUCUACUCAGCUGGACAAGAACAGCCGUUGCUCGGUGCAACACAAGAAGCCAGGAGGAGCGCACCUCCUGCUUCUGCUGGGAGAAAAUUUUCUGGGCAGCAGAAAUUCUCGCCCCAGGUAGAAGACGUAGCUGGAGAAGGUCCUCUACUUCGCGGGGAGCCUGAGCGUGAGCGUGAGCAAGGAAGAAGUUACAUUAACUCAAACUCAGGUCGUGGUCUUGCUCCUGUGCUCACCGCCGACCUAGAUAAACCAAAAAGCGAAAACGUCGACCCGGCACAGCCGGGGUGUUUGCGCGUCGAAGUCUAUGCCGACAAGAACGCGGAGGGGAGAAUCAAGACGGUGCUCUUACAGGUGGUUGUGCGUAGGGAGAAUUGGCCUCAAAUGGUAGACGACGACCACGGCGUGCUCAAACCGAUCCUGGAUAAGCUCAACGAAAGCAAGUCUGCUGGGUUAUUGCAAGAACUCGACGCGGACCACGAGGUGCUCGACAAUUUGGUGAAUACGAGUGGUUCAAUCAGGUCUGGAAACGACGCCGCGGACAACUUUGGAUUUCUGGUUAGCGGAAAAAUGACCGACUCGGCAGCAAGCGCCUUGGACCUUGUGGUCUGGCAAGAUUCAACAUCCACUACUUCGGUCGCCGCUGCGAGGACCGCGUUACUGCACGAUAGCAAUGUUGUUGCGGAGACGAUUACUCUCGCCUUCAAGCCAGGGGUUUCUGACGGGAAGGAAUUCACUGAAGUGUGGAAGGAGCUCAACACAAACUUUUUCCCCUCACUAUACAAGGCUUGCUACAAGGACGUCGACGCUUCUUCUAGAAGUACUGCACCCGGUGUUGAAAGUGAUUCCAACUCGGAACUAGUCUUUACCUCUCCUGGCGCUUUAAAAACGACCAGUGCGGUGAGGAGCACGACGAGACAGCAGGCGCAGGUAGAAAGGCGAACUAGGACAUCAGAGAUAACUACGCCGACAACAAGAACUCCUGACUGUCUUUAUGCCGACGUGUACAACUACACCCUACCUUCAGACCAGCGGGGCUAUCUGCUUCAUUUUGCGUUCGCGAGUCAAACCGCUCGCGACCGGUUCUUCGCGGCUGCCGGGCCCAAGAGCUUCCAAGAGUGGGUAAAGAACGACGAAACGCUACAGAAAGUUCUUAGGAAGCCUAGCCGCACACUCGCUCGCUUGUCGCAGUUCGGCCUGGAAAAUCUGCCGGGGCUCUUCAGCGUGCAAAUGAAAAUUCACAUUUUCGAUAGGAUCGUGUGGGCAGAGGUGCUAAGGAAAGUCCAACAGAUCAAGAAGGACGUGUGUAUCCUGCAGUAUCACAGCCGUGACCUGUGCGAGCGGUUUAACGUAUACCUUGCGAAUAGUGGCGUUUAUUCCGUGAAACUCAACUAUCCCCAUCCCCUUCGUCAUGCCACCCACACAACAUUUAGGAAAGUCUGUGUUUGUCAUGCAAAAAAUUAUAGAUGGGGAUGGUUAGAAAUUUUCACGGAAUAAUGUUGUAGCGGGUGCCACAACUGACUAUUUUGUGACCACGCACGAAGUCUACCCCGACGCUUACGCCUGGCGGCAGCAUGUGUUGAACUCGGCUGCAUAUCAGGAACUGCUCAAGUCCGUCAAAAGCGCUUACGACAACAAAAACAUUGAUGCAAGUGACACCGUGCUUUACGGCUUCACGAAUCCCAACAUCGACGAGAAGAAGGUUCUAUCAACUGUAAAAGUGUCUGGGUCUGGAAGAUUGGCAGCUUUGUCAUGCAUACUUUGCAUGACCCGUGAAGUCUGUAAUGCAUGCACGAGCAUCACAGAUUUUUAGAGGGCUUCCUAGUAAUGCCUAUUCCGCAUGAGAAAGCCCCUCUCCGUGUAGCCCACCCGCCAGGAGUCAAAUGGUACUACUACUACUCGUGUAGCCCAAACUGGAGUCCUCUUGCAGGUCACGCAAUACAAUUUUUUUUUGAAUCCAGAGACAGCAUCACAAGUUUAGAAUCUUCCAGACCCAGACAUUUUUGCAUUUGAUAGGUCCCCUUUCCCAUGACCGGCUACCUUCUCCGCCAGGAAACCGAGUCGGACGCGAACAUGCGGACGCGGGACGGGGCGGGUGCCGCGAAGGACCGCAGUUUGGCCCCUGCGUUGGCACUUCACGACCAUCUGCCCAACCAAACGAAGUGGCCGGAGCCGCAGGGUAGAUUGAGCCCGGGGGGACAGACGUUGAUACUGCAAUUGAAUCCGAAACUGUCCAAGAAAAAACUGUGGAAAAAGGUGAACUUCUUUUGUUGCUGUAGUAUUUUUGCAGAAGAUACAAAGAUGCCAGUUGCAGCUACGCUAGGCAUGUUGUUUGAUAUGCAUCCGGGAUACGCUCCGCUAGCUGCAAAUAUCGUGUUCUGAUCACGUGCUAGCCAAGCAGGACAGGACUUCUCUAAUGUGCAGAAGAUGCUAGUAAAAAUAGUAAUAGAUAUAAAAUGCGUAGGCGAAAAAAAUGUAUAAGCUUAAGUAAUCGAAGAGCUAAAGCGCAGAGUAACUGUAACACAGUUUUUUUCUUCGAUACGAGUUGAUGGAGCUCGCGGCCAGAGACCCAGAUGCGGCGGCGUGGCUGCAAAUGUGUACCAAAGUGAAAAGUGCCCCUACCUCCCCAGAGCAGCGACAUAUUUGUAAAUACGAAAAACUUCUACUUCUCCGUGGGAGCAUUGCGUUUUUGCCUCCUUGCGUGUGUCCUUAAUAGCGUCACAAGUCUCUUUUCCCAAACACCGUGAUGCUGCACAUUGGCAGCCGCGGCAGCACAGCAGACGCGGUAUAAUUUGUCAACACGCUCCUGGACGAGCUGCAAAUCUCGCUCAGAAAGAUUCUGAAAAAAGAGAGCGUCGCACUUCUUUCAUGCAAGACAGAGAGACUCCAACUUCUUUGUGCUGAGGACUGUGCAUCACAAGAAAAGUUUCGCCCGUCUGGUGGUGGGGGUUGGGCAUGAUUUCAGUUUGAUAUUGUGUCAAAACUAUUUGGAGACCCAGCUCCUGCCCAACAUCAUGGACACCGAUUGCGGAAUUUACGAUCCGGGAAAUUUCAACAAGAACGAUUGCAUCUACUGGAAUGCGUUCAAAAGUUAUCCAUUGCAAAAGUAACGUAGAAGUGCAGCUCGUACCAGGUGCUACUUGAUUUUUGCAGUGAGUCAUGCAUGACAGAUCUCGUCCGGCUUUCCAGUCUAUAUCAGCCUUGCAAAGAGCGUCACUUUUGGUUCUGAAGAAUUUGCAUUUGUAAAUGCAAUUUCAAUUAUUUCUCCUACGUACUAGGAUCGCAUCGGUGCGAAAACGAUACAACUUCUGCAAUGCAUAAAGGUUGGGGGUUCACCAACAAGGUCGGGCGGGAAAGAUAUUAUAUCUUGCAG